AUGAAUGCGUAUCGCUUCUCCAAGCCGUCCAAGGGCUUAGAGUACACCAAAGUCCCUGUCCCUGUUCCCGAACCAGAUCAAGUCCUGGUCGAGGUCAAGGCCAGCGGCCUCUGCCAUACCGACCUCAAUAUCAUCACCGGCUUGGACGAGACCUUUUUCUGGAAGCGACCCAUCACUCUGGGUCACGAGAUCGCGGGCGUAGUUGUCUCCAUAGGGUCCAAGGUCACCAAGUUCAAGACCGGAGACCGCGUCGUGGCCGUCAUCACAAACAAGCAUCCCAUCGCCGUUGGUGACGUGAUCCACGCCGCAGGACUUGGCUGCGACGGCGGCUUUGCCCAGUUUGCAGCGCUCCGUGAGGAGAAGACGCUUCUUAUCCCCGACGCUGUCACGUUCGCCGAGGCCGCCGUGGCCACAGACGCAGUAGCGACGGCCUACCAUGCUGUGGUUACUGAAGGCCAGGUUUCCGCGUCUUCCAAGGUUGCAGUGGUCGGCCUCGGCGGCCUGGGCAUGUCCGCCAUUCAGAUCGCAGCCCGAAUUGGUGCCACGGUGCACGGGUUUGACAUUGACCGGCAUAAGUUUGCCACAGCCUUGCAGUCGGGCGCAGUUGUCUGUGGGAAAAGCUUCGAUGACCUUCCGGGCGUCAAGUUUGACAUUGUGUUCGACUUUGUAGGCACUGGAAGCACAACAGCUGAAGCCGUAAAGGCCGUCAAGCCCGAAGGAAAAGUUGUCCUUGUCGGUUUAUCAAGCAAGGAGUCCACCAUCGAUACCCACCAGUUCGUAGCUCUUGGCGUUCGACUCGUGGGCUCGAUUGGCUCUUCAGCUAAGGAGGUUGCCGAGACGCUUCAAAUGAUUGCGGAGAAGCAGUUUACGCCGCUUAUGGAGGAGAUCCCAUUCGAUAAGCUGCCGGAGGGCAUAAACCGCCUUACGCAGGGCAACGUGGUUGGACGUCUAUGGACUGAUCCAUCUAAGCUUAAGGAGACGGGACAGUAG